CACUCAUUGUGUUUUCUCCCUCACUUUUUGCCUCAACAAUGUUUACAACCAUCAACUUUCGUUAUUUGCGUAUCAGCAAGACCAGUGUACUGCCACUGAACCUAUUGCUUUCGAAAGAGGAUCUCGAUUGGUUUAACGAUUACACGUUCCAGGAGAUCCUCUCAGUCCUCAAACCGCUCCUCCUCAGUCGCGUCGAGCUUUACAACCAAGGCCACAUUGCCAAGCGUUCUAUCGCCCCCACAACCUACAGCGGCGUGAAUCAGGACCUAGAUGAUGGGCUGGAGGACGCAGGUGUGAUCCUCGGAGGAAGCGGACAGGAUGCAGAUCACUCAUCGUCUUCGGGAAACACCACAGGCAAAAGGCGAAGAGGCACCGGCAAGGGCAGCGAGAAAGCGGCAGAUCGACCUCAAUAUGUAAUUCGAUUUGGGAUGCGACCUAGCACGUCUUCUGAGCAUGGAGGUGCCGUUCUCAUUGCAGACAAGAAGUUGGGGUUUUCGAUGGUCAAAAAGGAACAGAUGGACGAGAAAAUCCUGCAGGAGGAAGGGACUACCAGUCAGAGGAUACAGAUGGGUUUGGCCCGCCUUGAGGGCGAGGAGGGCGCGAUAGCAUCUGGAGAUGUGGGCGAUGGUAUUGUUGUUCGCGAGGAGGACGAGAGUGACAGCCUGCGAGUGAGUGAUUUCCAGAGAGGAGACGAUGAAGGAGACGAGGAUCAGCAAGACGAUCAUGGUGACGAAGAUUAUGAGGGUCAUGGCGGAUCCAAGGGAAGGAGGACACCGAAAGGGACGAAUCGAAAUAACAGGAGCAAACGGGCAAAGGUGAACGAAUCCGAUGUCCCUUCAAGCCAGAUGGACCGAAAGCCAACGCUACAGGUCCACUAUAGCGGGUUGGUACUACAUCCUCAGACACUUUACAUUGUUGUCCGCUCGCUGGGGUCUUCCGCCGCUUCUACCGGGUCCACGUCGGUCCUGCCUUUCAAGCCAAUAGCGGCGUCCUCCUCCUCCAGCUCGAUGGCAGAAAACAGCGGCGAUGCUGACAGAGGCACCAAUAACAGUGGGCCGAUGGAUCGCGUAUCUACACAGCAGGACGAUGAAGAUAGUCUGUUCCCACCAGGUAUGGAUUACUUUGCGGCAUGAAACAGACGCGUUUUCAAUAAACCAGC